GUGAAUGAGAGUUUAUGUAUUAGUAUUUAUUCAUACUCAGUUUACUGGGUUAACUUCUUAGAAUAUCCGCUGCACUGUUUCGCUGGGGGCGAGUUUAUUUAUCUACCACCCGCAAUAGUUCUGUUACUUGGUGUGGGACGCUGAGGUUAGCUUCCUUUUCACCGGUGUCUUCGUUCGGAUUUUCGGUCCACCUUAAAUUCUUGCUGCAGUUACCUGCGGCCUCCUGAUAACAGGGGUGUUGUGGAUUUUAACCUUUUGGCUACUUUCACAUUACAAACCACAUUGCUCAAAUCCAAUUUUUUUCCUCAGAUCGGAUUUGACUAUCUUGAUGGUUCACAUUUACAUGUGUAAGUGACCUGUAUCUGUGUGUAAUGUGAACAUGCUCACAUUGAUACGUGUAUAAACGUCGCCUUCUUCACCAAAAACAAAAAACCUGAUAUUUAAGAGACGACUCGUUGCUUUAUAAAGGGAAAUGGAUGCAGUGUUAGCUGCUCAUAUGUGGAGCAUCUUUUGCUGGAGUGGAGAGUAAACAGAUGGUCUGAUGUUCAUGCUCAGGUCGAGGAGGUGAAAAAAGGUCAGGCGGUUUGUUUUUGCUGUUUUUGCAGCUAUAGCUGCACAGCUGCACCAAGACAUGUGUGGGUACGAGAGAGAAGCACAAAGAAAAGCAAAAAGAUGCAUGAAUUCCGAUUUGAUUGUUCACAUUCAUGUCGCAUAUCCAUGGUUUGAAUAUUAUUUAUGACCACAUAUGAAAGGCUAGGCUACAUACACAUUACCAGGCUGAAGUAACUCAAUUCUUUUUUUUUUUUUUUUUUUUGCUCAAUAUGGCUCAGAUUUGAUUUUGUCAUGGCUGUGUGAACAUGUCAAUCCGAUUUUUUCAAAUCAGAUUUAAGUCAUUUUCAUAUAUGGUCCUAAAUCGGAUACAUAUCCAAACCAUUAAUUGUGAACGGUCAAUUCAUGCAUUUAUUUGCUUUUACGCAUGCGCUACAUGCUUCUCUCUCGUACCUACCCAUCUCGUGGUACCGUGCAGCUGUGCAGCUAUAGCUGCAGCAAAGGUUUUGUCAGCAAAAGCAAACUGUUGGGCCUUUUUUCACCUCCUUGACCUGAGCAUGUACUUCAGACCAGCUGGUUACUCUUUACUCGAGCAAAAGAUGCUCCACAUAUGAGCUACUAACACAUCCUUUUCAACGUUUCAAUUUUUAAAAAAAUAAUAUUGUUGUGUUUUGUUUAAAAAAUAUAUAUAUAAACUGUGAAACAAUAUUUUCUUCAUGUUGUCUAUAAUAACGCGAAUGUGCUUCAGUAGUGAGCAGAUUGGGAAUAAGGAGGUGUGCUGUGGUGCUGGUUGUGAUGGUUGUGUGCAGGGUGAGGGCAGUAUGGAGGAGGCUAGUCUGGACCGGCUGUGUGUUCUGUACCACAGUGAGAAUUAUUUGGUGGUUAAUAAACACUGGGAUAUCCGGAUAGACAGCAAGUUCUGGGCAGAGGAGCGGACGGUGCAGAAGCAGCUCAAACACCACUUCCCUGAUCUGGCUGACCCCGCUACCUACUACGGCUUCAGGUUCUGUCAUCAGCUGGAUUUCUCCACCAGUGGUGCUCUGUGUGUAGCGCUAAACAAAGCGGCGGCAGGGAGAGCAUACCACUUCUUUAAAAACAGACUCGUAACCAAGGCCUACCUUGCUCUGGUUCGAGGCUCUGUGCCAGAGGAGAAACUGAUGAUUGAUUUUGCAAUUGGUAAGAACAGCACUGAGGGAAAGACUCACAUGAUGUGUGUAGAGGAAACAGAAGGAUGUGAGAACCCCAAGCCUAGCCAAACAGAGCUGAAUGUGUUGGAGUAUGGAGUGUAUGACGGAGAUCCAGUCACAAAAGUGCUCCUCCAGCCUCGAACAGGACGCACCCAUCAGCUGCGUGUGCACUGCAGUGCCAUUGGUCACCCCAUAGUGGGCGACUACACCUACAGCCUGGGCUCAGAUAACAGCCCGUACCGCAUGAUGCUCCACGCCUAUAUGCUGCAGAUCCCUCUGGAGCACGAACCCCUCCAGGUCACCGCCCCAGACCCCUUCCUGCCCACAACUGACCCCAAAUGGAGUCCACAGACAGUGUUGCUCACAGUUGACUGCGUGGUGGAGGGUAUUUUAGAGCGAUCUCGGGCUAAGCAGACUGAAAGCCCAAAACAUAAUGUGUGUGAGAGAAGAAGCAGCCCAGAGGAAACUGAGGAAUCAAGGGUUCAGUGUCAGCAGUGGCUCUCUGAGUGGUCUCUGGACUGAUGCAGUGGGUUAAAAAGUCCAUAUUCUUAACAUUCAGAUUUUUUGCACCAGAGCUGUGAAUUAAUAGAACUGCAGACUGAUAAACAACACUAAAGCAAAUGUACCCUUCAGCUGCAAAGGGACUGACUGGCCUUUCACUGCAACACAACUGAACAUGGGAUGGUGGACAUCUUUCAGCUGUUGGUGUUCUCUCAUAUGUAACAGCUCCCUCUUGUGGACAGACUGUCUGCUGUUAUUUGAUAGCAGUCAGAUCAGAGUUGUGUGUCCAUACAUCACAAAUCUAUCUGCAUGGAUUGAUAUAGUAACAACAUGGGUUUCAGUAACAUCGUAGCCACACUGGUAAUGUGGCUUUUUGCACGAGGAAGGGGUAGAGACCUCACCUUCCAGUCACCUACCAGGUCUCAGUUUAAAACUUUAAAUCGCAAUAUACAAAUUCUUCCACUGAAGAGUUUAGUAGACACUGCAGUGUUGUGUGCUGUAGUUAUGGCUGGCUGAACUGUGCAGUGCAGUGGAUGUUGUUUGUCCAAUUGUGAAUGAUCCAGAAGACACUUUGAACACAUUUGUUUUUGAUGUUCAGACUACUGACAAUCUCUGUUUAGUGACCAUACGGUCUGUGCUCCACAUGAACAGUCAGAUUUGAUUCUUUUUCUGGCUUUAAGGUAAAUCUACAAAAAACAAAAAUCAGCCCUUCAGAUAAAACUGGACUAUAGAAACAUGCAUUACACACUCAUUCACGUUCUUUUUCAAAUCUAGGUCAAUUUAAGAUGUCUAGAUGGCGUAACUGGAUACUUAGGAUAGCUAGGAGAAAGGUUACAAUACUGCCCAUAAGAAACAUAACUUUGUUUCAGUCUUUGUAUGGUAGUUUAUUAUUUUAUUUUUUUUAAGUUAACCAUUUUAUAUUCUCCAUAGUCUAAGAAGACAUGGUCCCUAGGGUUAUUAAACAUGUUCUCCAAAGUGGUCGUGAGAAAGAUGGACUGGGCCUUUUUAACUUUAUUUAUUUUACUGGGCCACUCAUAGUCAAAAAAGUAUCUUUUCAACUUCACCAAUUAAUUAUGGUGUCAGCUUGAGACAAUCUUUUUACACCUUAUCACUUCCAGCUUCAGUUCAUUCUUCCCUACCGCUAAAAACUUCUCAUUUUGCAUCCAACCCUGUGGUGCUUUCUACCCUUAAAAAUGUUUUAGCUAUUUCCUCAACAUUAAACACUACCUGAAUUUAACUAAACAAAAAGGUAAGGGCCUCCCAUUGGAUAAUUACUGCAUGGGUGAUUGUUACUGCUGGCAACAAGAUAUUUAACCCUAACUGAUGCAGAGUAGCUUCUCAUUUGUUAAUUAUCCAGUCUGGAAAUCCACUGUGAUCCUGUGGUAGUGGGAAAUCUGUUUUAGAAGGGUCAAAUUAUUGGCAUACAAUCAAGCAGAGAAAACAUCUAAGGAGAUUUCUGAAGCUACCUAAAUCAGGUUAAGAAUUGUCCAACACAUUACUAAAAGUGAAAGGACAGUGGGAAAACGUCAUCUUCAAGCUCAGAAAAAAAGAAACUUGAAUGAUUGUGAUUACUUAAAUGUUAAUGAAAUCAAAUUAUAGAAGAACAGCACCAAAACUCAGUGAAAGUAAGAACAUUUCCACACAGUGCAAAAUAAACUGGGACUGGUGAUUGGGACUAAACAGCUGUGUAGCCUUAAGAAACAUACUUAUCAAUGAGACCAACUGACAAAAACUGCAUUGAUUUGCUAGGGAGCAUAAAGACUGGACUCUGGUCUAAUUGAAGAAGGUUAUGUGUCCAAAUUUACUCUGUUCUAGAGUGAUACGCACAUCAGGCUAAGAAAAGUCUACCAUAUUUUUUGGUAAUGCGUGUUGGAAUCAGAGCUAAAGGUUGUUCAACUAAAUAUUAGUGUAUAACUUUUUUUGGCCUGGCAGUGUAUAUACUUCUGCCUCAGGUUUACUACUUCUCCCCUACUUCUCCAAAGCCUCCACCUGUUACAAAGUUGGAGAAUCUUAUUCUUACCUAAAGUCUGUUUUAUAUGCUGAACUGAUGUCUUUGGGAGAUUAACAUCUAUCUAAAAUUAACUAUAGGUGGGAGAAUGAACUGGAUUAACUGGAGAAAAAUUGGACUCGGUUCAUUGCUCACGAUGUGCUAAACUGUGGCUCAUUGAAUUUAAAGUUCUUCAAAUGGUUAAUGUAAGCAAAGCCAUGCUUGUUGCUCUAUCCAGGGUAAGAUGCCUGCUGUACCUGAUGCUCCUUCUCUCCAGACAGUUUUUGGGUCUUGCCUUCGGAUUGAUUAUUAUUGCAUUUUAAAACAGUAAGGCCCUUGAGGUGACACUGAGGCAUUUCCCACACAGCUAUAUUUGGUGUGGCUGAAGACUGAUUGUAAAUCAUUGACAUCAUCAUAGUUACAUUUAUUUUGUCUCAGAAAUUCACUACUCUUCUCUCUGCUGUUGCCUGGCUUGCCUGUAAGGCCUAACUUAUACUAUGAAGUAUAUAUAUUUACCUGAAAUAAAAACAUUUCCUGUCUUAUUUUUAAAAAAGGAAACUACUGUGCUUAAUAUCUGACUAUAAUUGUGGGUGUAUACAUGUAUACACACACGUGCAUAUGUUUAUGUACGUAAGUGUACAACUAUGUUACUGCAUUUAUUAAAUGCUAUAUUUGAACACACUGCCUGGAUAUGUUAGGGCAGGGCUUGUAUGUACAAAUGAGGGACACAUAAAGCAUUGAGCAUCCUGUAUUGUAGUUUGUCUUAAAGUUAAGUCUAAUUAGAUUUAUUUCCUCUUAAGUUACAGAAUGAAGACAGUUCAGGUCCACAAAGAGGACCAGUUAGUGCUACACAAACUAAACAUCCAAACAUGAUAAUUAAUAAAUACAGACUUUCAAAAGAGGAAUCAGUUAUAUUCCACCUCCAGGGAAAAUUCUGGGUCCUGUGAUGUUCAGUCUGGUGAUGGAGAGAGAGAGAGAGAGAG